GUUCUCUGGUAGUCUGCUGCGGGACCAGGACAGACAGCUGAGGGGGGCCUGAAUGUCCAACCGGGACAGUCGGUGGACUACCGCGAACUCGCACGCACGAUUCACAGGUCUUCACAGUUGACUGAUGAGCAGCCAGUAGGACUGGGGUUGGGCUACAACGACUGGCACAGCGGGUCAGCAGUGCCAGACAAGACGAUUGGAGGACAGAAGACAUAGUUGCAGAACUGCUGGUGGUUUACUAGUGGUUAGCCUUAGCAUACUUGUGGCAGCAGGGAGGAAGAAGGAGGGCUUGGCGAUGGUCACAGCUAUGGAGGAUGCCUGUCCCAAUGGGGUACGGGAGGAGGAGGAGGAGAUGACGCCCCCAGGACAGCCUGGCGUGGAAGGGCCCCCGGCCGUGCAGUCCACCCAGGAACCAGAUACCUCUGGAGCCAUGCAGCAGGUGUUGGAUAAUCUGGGUGAGCUUCCCACCUCCACGGGUGCCAAAGACAUCGACCUGCUCUUCCUGCGCGGCAUCAUGGAAAGUCCCAUUGCGCACGAACAGCUGGAGGAAGUGAAGCUGGAGGCGGUGCAGGACAACAAUGUGGAGCUGGUGACGGAGAUCCUGGGCGACAUCAAGGGCCUCAAGGUUAAAGACGACAGCGCGGCCGAACUGUCCAGGAUCCUCCAGGAGCCACACUUCCAGUCUCUUUUGGAGGCACACGACAUGGUGGCCUCUAAGUGCUACGAAGUCCCGCCCCCGACUGAGACGGCCAAUGAUGCCGCCGUCAACAGCGCUCUGAUGCAGGCCGAUGCUGUGCGCAUGAUUGGCAUCCGAAAGAAGGCCGGAGAGCCACUGGGCGUGACAUUUCGUGUAGAAAAAGACGACCUAGUCAUUGCCAGAAUCCUUCACGGCGGCAUGAUCGACAGGCAGGGUCUGCUCCACGUGGGCGACAUUAUAAAGGAAGUGAACGGGAAGGACGUCGGCAACAACCCCACCGAGCUGCAAGAGAUGCUCAAAGACUGCAGCGGUGGGAUCACGCUGAAAAUACUCCCGAGCUACCGGGAUGCUCCCGCACCUCCGCAGGUGUAUGUGCGGCCAUACUUUGACUACAACCCAGCCAACGACAACCUGAUCCCUUGUCGAGAGGCGGGGAUGGCCUUCAAGAAAGGUGACAUCCUUCAGAUUGUCAACAGAGAGGAUCCUAACUGGUGGCAGGCAUGCCAUGUGGUCGCUGGGGCUACGGGACUGAUACCCAGUCAGUUCUUGGAAGAGAAGAGGAAAGCUUUUGUCCCUCGAGACUUCGAUGGAUCAGGGAUCCUUUGUGGAACAAUAGCUGGAAAGAAGAAGAAGAAGAUGAUGUACCUGACAGCCAAGAAUGCAGAGUUUGACAGACACGAGCUGCAGAUCUAUGAAGAAGUGGCAAAGGUGCCUCCAUUCCAGAGAAAGACAUUGGUUCUGAUUGGCGCUCAGGGCGUGGGCCGGCGCAGCCUGAAGAACCGACUGAUGGUCCUCCAGCCCACGCGCUUCGGCACCACUAUACCAUACACUUCACGGCGGCCCCGUGACGACGAGCUGGACGGCAACUCCUACCACUUCACCACGAGGACGGAGAUGGAGCUGGAUGUGAAGGCCGGCCGGUUCCUGGAGCAUGGAGAGUACGACGGUAACCUGUACGGCACCAAGAUCGAGUCUAUCCAUGAGGUGGUGGCCACAGGACGCAGCUGCAUCCUGGAUGUCAACCCACAGGCUCUGAAGGUACUGAAAACAGCAGAGUUCAUGCCUUACGUGGUGUUCAUUGCGGCGCCAGAUUUUGAUACUCUCAAGGGCAUGCACAAAGCCGUGGUGGACGCAGGCAUCACCACCAAGCAACUCACGGAUGUGGACCUGAGGAAGACAGUGGACGAGAGCGCCCGGAUCCAGAGGGCGUACAGCCACUACUUCGACCUGACCAUCGUCAACGACAACCUGGACAAGGCCUUUGAGACGUUACAGGCCGCCGUGGACAAACUGUGCAGUGAACCCCAGUGGGUCCCGGUGAACUGGGUGUACUGAGGACCAGCUACAGUGCUUCCACUGACCACUCUGAGCGGGUCACACUAACCCACCAGAAUGUGUGUGUUUCUGACCACAAAGGCCAAAGAAGAGAAGAGGGCAGAGAUACUAAAUAAUGAUAAUUAAAAAAAAAAAAUCUUCUCUAAUCGCUCGUUCUCCUCUUGGGCCUGCACGCUGUGCAACUUUUUUUCUACUCCAAACUCAAAGGGAAAGAGUGCUUAUUUAUUUUAUAACUUUUUACAAAAGAUCUUUCUAUUCAAUGUGGAAUUUAUGUGAGGAUGAAACAAAAAAAUACUGGUCACAUUACCUGGGCCAUAUUUUUGCAUUAAUUUAUUGUUGUAGUUCCACAUCUUACUUUGUAGUUGUCUCCCUUUGAUUUCAAGUAUCAAGUCUUUCUUCAUGGAUGUCCAGGAUUUCAGACAACCAUCCACGCUCCGAUAUGAACACAAGGGAAGGAGAUGAACUAGAAGAUCUUUGAGCAGUCAUUGUCCAAGAAAUGUCAAUGUCACAUCUUUGCCACGUCUGAGCAACCUGCGAAGCUGUGUUUUAUUUUCACGUCCAUGCAACUUAAUCCUUUAGUGUUUUUAAAAGUAGCCGGCCCUUAACUCUUCUAUUGGUGUCCUCCAAAGGAUGGGAAGAGCUUAAAAAGUCCACAGCUCCUCCAGUAUGUAAAAGAGAAACGACUUUAUAAUGUACUUUUUCAAGAUCAAACACUGUGUCUGUUAAUUUUGUCUAGUUUUUGUGUUCUUAUACUAGUUUUUCAUCAGUGUGGUGAUUUAUAAAGUGUUGUGUUUUGUCACACGUGAUCCUUCGAUUUGUUUUAAUGAUCCUGUUAUCUGUCUGUCUGUCUGUCUAUCUAGAGUAUGACCAUCAACAUUGUCAUUGACUGUCAUCGUUGCUGUCUACAUAAGCCAAUUUGUUAAUGUUUUAUAUAUGUGAACGUGGGCCAGACCCACUCCCUCCUUAUGGUCUUUAUCUUCAGUGUUGCAGUAUGCCAAAGCCCUGACCAUACUCCAAAUAAAGUUUGAAAUUGUUGAAAUAUAAAUGUGUAAUUGAACAUAUGAUGUUGGCUGGUGAAUGCAUUUAGCAAAGCCAAAGGGGAAAACUAGCACUAGCAUUGUCUGUCUUAAACUUUGUAAAUCUUGACAAAACAAGUCAUAUAUAUUUAAAUGCCAUUAGGUUGUCCUGAAACCAGUAUUGAACUUCAGGAAAAUGUUUCAAACCUUUUUAAAAUCAUAAUAAAUUACCUUACAUGGAUAUUCUUUGGAACAUAACUUUUCAAAAUCAUGAGGCCAAUCUGUGCCACAUUUUAGAGAACAGCCCUUCUGCCUGGUGAAGUGUUUUCACAUCAACCUCAUGUCUACAGAUUUGUUUUUCCAUUUUUAUCAAAGUUAUGACAAAUAAGAUUUAAUAAACUUUAACAAAAUA